CAAAACAGAGCAAUUGUGCGCGAAAUAAGUGUAAAAUUAGCAUUUUCAAGCUUUAGACUUAAUUAUAGACAUUUAAGAAGUUUUAAACAAUGGAUAACAGUGUAACAUCAAGAAUCUCGUUCGUAAGAUCAAAAUUAAGUAGUGACAUUAAGGCAAAAGUUCAGGAAGAUUGGUUAAAAGAAUGUGUUUCAUAUUUUGUUCAAUCAGAACCAGGAAUUACCAAUAAUCAGCUAUAUGAGAAUGUUAAGGAUCAAUUCUGUCUGGCAAACUUGUCAGAUACAUCGCAUAAAGUCAUUCCUGAUAUGUUUGUAACCAAAAAGGAUCAAUGGACAUUAAAGGAAUCUUUAUUGCUUCAAAUGCAGUAUAUUCUGGAUAUUUCUGAACCAUUCUACGACCAAUGGAGACGCAUGCAUGACAAGCAACUCGAUGAAGUUAUUGAAGAUAAGCGAGAAACUAAGUCAUUCCAGUCAAAGAAGAAGAGAAUGUUUAAGUUACAGCUUACUGAUGGAACUAAGACUGUCCCAGCAAUGGAAAUGAAACACAUCUCAUGUCUUAAUUCAAAACUAACGCCUGGAAUUAAAAUUUUAAUUAUCGGUCCUGUUCCAGUCGUUAAUCAAGUAAUUAUGAUUAAGGCUGAAAAUGUUAAAAUUAUUGGUGGCGAAGUAGAGGAACUGAUCACAGUCAAUGCAUAUGAAAAUGUCCUUCUUCGACUCCUUAAUAAGCCAACCACAAAGACUCCAAUUUUAAAUUAUUCAGAACAAACUUUAGAGAAUGAAAAACCAUCUCAAAAUGUUCCUAAAAAUUUAACUGAAAUAGAUGAAAAGAACCAGAUCCAACAGAAGCCAAGUAAGCCACAAAAUUAUGUUGAUGAUAUUGAAGAUGAUGACUUUGAUUUUGCUAUGAUUGAUGCAAUUGAGGAACAAGAGAGACGAAAAUCACAAGAAAAUCAGCUAAACAAUUCAGUCUUAAUGAUUGACGACGAUGAUGACUACAUGCUUGCACAAAUUGACUUAGAUGAGAUCCAACAGCCAAAUAUUGUCCACAAAAUGGAAUCGAUUAAUGUAAAUGGAGCUAAAAAUGUCGUUAAAGCAAAUGAUUUGUUAAGGCCAUCAAUAAACUUAAUAUAUGAUGAUGACGACAUGCUUGAUAAUGAAUUAAAUAAUAUUCGCAAAAGAAAAUCAAUUGACUCACCUGAAAGCAGCAAUAAAGUCAUAAAAUCAAUUCGAUUAUCGCCAAUCAAAAAGCCCGAAAUUACUGAUAACGAUUAUCCAUUUAAAGUCGAUGAAAUGUAUAAUUUUAUAACAAUUGAUCAGUAUGUAGGUAUGAAGAUGCGUCACAAAAUGGAACGUGAAUAUGCCCUCGAAGUGAGCGUCGAUAAAAUUCUUAAAAUUAAGGCUGAAUUGGAUUGGCUCUUAAUUGUGCAAAUAAAAGACUUAUUUUCACAAAACACAAUAUCAGCAAGAAUUGCUGGUCCAGUUGUAACGGAAUUGACAGGCAGAACAACACGAGAAAUUCAUUUAAUGAGGAUAAAAAUGGAAAGAGGACAGCCUCAAUUAGCGAUGGAUAUAAAAAAUACUUUAACAUCUCUUAAUGAUGCCUUUCAAGAUAAGACAAUUCUUGUGUGCAUGCAAAUGAAGGCGAAUCUGCCGGCAGAAUAUGAGAAUGUAAUUACGAAAAUUUUGAAGAAAACAGACCAGAAUAAUCAAAUUAUGACACUAAAGAUUGAACAGGAUUUUGGAUAAAAAUUUAAAUUAAGAUUUUCUACGUUAAUUAAGCUGUGAUAAAAAGUUAAAAUAGAAAAGUUAUAAAUGUGAAGAUUCCAAAAAUAAAGAACAUUUUAUUCUUUUUAAAAAUUUAAUUUUGUAUUUUUAGCUGCAUUGAGAAUUGAACUUGGGUUGAUUGAAUAUUUUUUGUGCUUCUGAAUAAUUUUUGGGUACACAAAUAUAUUGGCGCACUAUGCACGUAAAACUAAAGUAAUUUAUUGUAAAAUUUAUUUCGUUCCUAUAGUGCGCACAUUAUACAAAUCUCGCAACCCAAGUUAAUACGCGCAUUAUCUUUAAAUUUUAUGUGCGCGUUAUACACGCAAGAUCAAUUCCCAAUUCUUAACAUUAUAAGCUUAAACAAUCUACAUUCAAAAUUUCAGGCAUUGAUAUAUAGUCAAAAAGACAAGGUAUUUUGUUGACAGUUUCGAAUUAUAAAAAUAUUAAUUAACGUAAAAAAGAACUUUAAAAGUCAAAAUCGUAUUGCAUUAUUUAUGAACUAAGUUCAUUGUUGAUUCUAUUCAGCAUUUUAUCUUUUCGUUCAACUGGUCUUGAUCGAAAACCUUUCGACACAAGCUGUACAAUAUCAGAUGUAUCCUUUCCGCGUGUCUCUGGCAUAUAAACUUUGAGCAAAAGUGUCAAUAAGAAGCAAACGACUCCAAAAAUGACAAAAACAGCAGCACCCAUCCAUAUUCGUAAAGAUGUAAAAGUCAUUCCAAUUACAAAAUUGCAUAUCCACGAUGAUAAACUUCCUAAAGCCAUUGCUGACGAUCUUUCAGCAGUUUCAAACAACUCUACUCCAAUGAAGUAAGGAACGGGACCUAAACCAAUUUGAUAAAGCAGGAUGUAGCCGAGAAGAGCAACAACACACAUCACUGGG